UGCGAUUUUUGUGACAAGAGAAGGAAUUUGUCCUGCUCCCAUUGCAGUCAGCAGCGAGCAAAAUGGUCUCAAAAUGUGACAUCAUGUGGCGUGAUCUGGAACAGACAAUACACUAAAGGGCAGAAAAUGUGGACUUUGAGCAGUGCCAAGCAACUUCUGAAGAGCUUUCUUCUGCUAUCCUGUUAAUGCGCUGUGUGUCUUCAUGUGCUGGUAGUCUGUAAAAACGGGAUCCAUUAGGAAUUUUUAGCACAUUGAGAUACAACAAUGGUGGUCCAUAUGCUAUUCUGGUGGAUUCUAAAAGGGCUUUUUCUGUCUUUUCUGCUCAAAACUACUCUAUGCCUAAACCCAGAUGAUCCAAAUGUUUGUAGUCAUUGGGAAAGCUACGCUGUGACAGUACAGGAAUCUUACGCUCAUCCUUUUGAUCAGAUCUAUUAUACAAGAUGUACUGACAUACUGAACUGGUUCAAGUGCACUAGACAUAGAAUAAGUUAUAAAACAGCAUAUCGAAGAGGACUAAGAACUAUGUAUCGGCGAAGAUCUCAGUGCUGCCCUGGAUAUUAUGAAAGUGGAGACUACUGUAUACCACUUUGCACAGAGGAAUGUGUGCAUGGAAGAUGCGUUUCUCCUGACACUUGUCAUUGUGAACCAGGGUGGGGAGGUACUGACUGCUCUAGUGGUUGCGACAGCGAUCACUGGGGACCCCACUGCAGCAACCGCUGCCAAUGUCAGAACGAGGCUCUCUGCAACCCUAUCACGGGCGCCUGUGUCUGCGCAGACGGGUACCGUGGCUGGCGCUGUGAGGAGCUCUGUGACCCCGGGAGCUACGGAAAGGCCUGCCAGUUUACAUGCCAAUGUCACAAUGGAGCUACCUGCGACCAUAAAACGGGAGAAUGUCACUGCGCUCCCGGAUACACAGGGGUAUUCUGUGAAGAGCGCUGUCCCCCUGGCAGUCAUGGAGCUCAGUGUGAGCUGCGCUGCCCCUGCCAGAACGGCGGAGUCUGUCACCACAUCACUGGGGAGUGCUCCUGCCCGGCUGGAUGGAUGGGGCUGGUGUGUGCACAGCCAUGUCCUCCUGGAACGUUUGGAAUGAACUGCAGCCAGGAUUGUCCAUGCCACAACGGAGGACACUGUGAUCCUGUGACAGGAAAAUGCCUCUGUACAGCUGGGUAUAUGGGAGACAGGUGUCAAGAGGAGUGUCCGCUUGGGACAUAUGGCUUUCAGUGCACUCAAAGAUGUGACUGCCAAAAUGGUGCAAAGUGUUACCAUGUAAAUGGAGCAUGUAUGUGUGACCCUGGAUUUAAAGGGAUUUAUUGCCAAGAAAGAAUGUGUCCAGAAGGGUUUUAUGGCCUCAAAUGCAACAGGAGAUGUCCUUGCAAUAUUACCAACACUCUCAGUUGCCAUCCAUUGUCUGGAGAAUGUAGCUGCAAAGCUGGCUGGGCUGGACUCUAUUGCAAUGAAACAUGUCCCCCUGGAUACUACGGCGAAGGUUGCCAGCUGAGCUGCCUUUGCCAGAAUGGUGCAGACUGUGACAGCAUUACAGGGAAGUGUACCUGUGCACCAGGAUACAUGGGAGAUGACUGCUCCAUUACCUGCAUGGCAGGCACCUAUGGUACCAAUUGCUCAUCUGUCUGUGAUUGCAAAAAUGAUGGUGCCUGUUCCCACGUGGAUGGUCUAUGCAUUUGCAAAGAAGGGUGGCAAGGAGUUGAUUGCUCUAUUCCAUGUUCAAGUGGAAGUUGGGGUCUUAACUGUAACCAGACAUGUUAUUGCACAAAUGGAGCGGCCUGCAGGCCAGCCGAUGGCUUUUGUCUCUGCUCCCCAGGAUGGCAAGGAGAGUACUGUGACCAGCCAUGUCCGGAUGGAACAUAUGGUCUUAAUUGCAGUGAACGUUGUGAUUGUAGCCACGCAGAUGGAUGUGAUCCUGUCACCGGUUACUGCUGCUGUCUGGCUGGAUGGACAGGCAUCCACUGUGACAAUAUAUGCACCCAGGGUCGCUGGGGACCAAACUGCUCCAUCUCCUGUAACUGCGAGAAUGGAGGAUCCUGCUCACCAGAGGAUGGGAGUUGUGACUGUGCACCCGGAUACAGAGGACCCAUGUGCCAGAGAAUUUGUCCACCUGGCUUUUACGGGCACCACUGCAGCCAGGCAUGCCCUCAGUGCGUGCACAGCGGCGGGCCGUGCCACCACGUGUCGGGACGCUGCGACUGCUUGCCUGGAUUCUCUGGCCCUCUCUGCAGCCAAGUCUGUCCCAGUGGCAAGUAUGGGAAGAACUGUGCUGAGGACUGUCAGUGUACCGAGAACGGGACGUGCAACCCUAUUGAUGGAUCGUGUCAGUGUUUCCCAGGCUGGAUAGGAAAGGACUGCGCACAGACUUGUCCCACUGGUUUUUGGGGCCCUGAUUGCUUUCAUUCCUGCAACUGCCACAACGGAGCAAUGUGCAGCCCUUAUGACGGAGAAUGUAGAUGUACUCAUGGUUGGACUGGGCUCUACUGCACUCAGCGUUGCCCAGCAGCUUUUUAUGGGAAAAACUGUGCCAAUGUUUGUCAGUGUCAGAAUGGAGCAGACUGCGACCACAUCACGGGGCAAUGCACGUGCAGGACGGGAUUUACGGGCAAACAGUGCGAGCAAAAGUGCUCACCAGGAACAUUUGGUUAUGGUUGCAAACAACUAUGUGAAUGCAUGAAUAACGCUACGUGUGACCAUGUCACAGGUACUUGCUACUGCAGUCCAGGCUUCAAAGGAAUCCGGUGUGACCAAGCAGCUCUUAUGAUGGAAGAAUUAAACCCCUAUACUAAAAUUAGCCCUGCUCUUGGAUCAGAGAGGCACUCAGUGGGAGCAAUCAUUGGAAUUAUUAUUCUCCUUCUAAUUAUUAUGGUCUUGCUGGCACUGUUUGUGUGGUAUCGACGGAAACAGAAGGAGAAGGGCCAUGACAUGCCAAGUGUAUCUUAUACUCCAGCCAUGAGGAUGACUAAUACAGAUUACUCACUUUCUGAUCUAUCUCAAGGUAGCGGCAGUGUACACUGCUUUUCCAAUCCAAGCUACCACACUCUGUCAUGUGGUGUGACUUCACGCUGCUUUACCAGUAAUCUGGAUGGAAACAGCUCCAGUAAGCUCAGUAACAAAACCCUUGACAGAGAAACCGCAGACUGGAGACCCUACAGCUAUCUGAAUGAACUAGGUGCUUGUGGGAUGGAUAGACGUCAGAACACAUACAUAAUGGAAAAAAGCUUCAAAGACUACAUGAAAGAGUCCGUGUGCAGCUCUAGCACUUGUUCGCUGAACAGCAGUGAAAACCCAUACGCCACCAUUAAAGAUCCACCCAUUUUAACAUGCAAACACUCUGAGAGCAGCUACGUGGAGAUGAAAUCACCUGGCCACAGGGAGUCCCCAUAUUCCGAAAUGCCAACUUCAUCGACAGCCAAUAAAAACAUCUACGAAGUCGAGCCCACCGUCAGCGUGGUCCAAGACGCCCGUGUCCGGAGUGCCAGUUACCUCCAAAAUCCAUACGACCUACCUAGGAACAGUCACAUUCCUAGUCACUACGACCUCCUCCCCGUCCGGCACAGCCCGACGCACGGGCCAUCUUGGGACAAGCAGUCUUAAAAGGGAUAAACUUCUCCGGCUCGCUGCGCUGCAGCUAUCACCUUCAAGGAAGCAGAAGAGAAGACAAUCCUUUUCUGUGCUGCAGCACGCUGACGCGACGUGGACCUGUCUUACAUGUGGACCUGACGUAGCAGGACCUCAGCUUGGGCCAACUGCUGCUGCAUGAUGUUAUUUAAAAAGACGUUUUUUAUAUGGGUCGCAGGAACUAACGGGAACCUCCUGCACGGGUGGCUGGAGCACGUCACCUGAGCAAGGCGGUUACAGGCUCCAGUCAAAAACUAUCCGCUGCGUGUUCCUACCCUGGCUUUGCUGUAAAAUAAAACACAAAAACUUGCUAAGUAGAAGCACUUAGAUGGACAUAUCUACCUACCGCAUCAAGAAACCUUUUGCUGUUAGGAACAAGAUGACUAGGAUUAUGCUGGAAUAUAUUUUACAUCUUUGUCAUGGAAAUGGACAUUUUUCUGAAAGCAAGCAGGGAAGCUUGCACUGUCAUUCAGCUGCAUUGUCUGGAAACCUCCCGCACUGCCGUCGCCAUGAGCAUCCUGUACAGACCAUGCUUGGUGAUUAGCUCUGAUAUGUUCCUGUUUCUGUUAAGUACCUGGGUAUUUGAGUAGAGAAGUUUUACAAUGUAACAUCUUCACAGGCAUCCAGAGAUCUUUAAAGUUUGCCAAUGAUUGAGUUUAACCAAUGAGUCUUAUGCCCAGCUUACUGCAUUUUUUUUAACAAUCUAUAAAAUACUUCGAUUGGUAUAGAUAUGCUUUAGUUUUCCUUAUACAGCUUCUACUUUAUCAGAGAAAUGCAGCAGAUCUGUCAGGGGGUGUAAACUGACCCAGCUGCAUUUACUUCCCUGGAACCACGCAGGUGCACACAGACUAACGCUGGUUUAUUUUCCUCCGUAUCGCUACACCACCAGGUCGUCUCUAAACCAGCCGUACAGACCUCGUCGUCAUGAUUGGGCUAACAGCACAGACCUGUCAGGACGCACCCUUUAAUCUUGUCUGCAUUACCAUGUAGUGCAACUUUACCCAUUGAGGAUUCUACCCGAAAUGUCAUUAAAUUCAGCUGAAACUGGGUUUGCUUUUUCAGCAGCUGUUUGUGGAAUAGUUAUCAAGAGGUUGGCCAAUGGUAAAGCUUUGGACUAAGCCACCGUGAUUAUUUUUUGUAACCUUUAUUGACCUAGACAGUAGAACACUUGCUGUUAAGCAGUUCCUUGUAGAUUUUGAGCAUGAAGUAGUAUUGACUCUAAAUAUGUAAUUUUAUUAGGCAAA